AUGAGCAACCAGCAACGGCAACGCAUGUUCCAGGUCGAUGACUCGUGGGGAAAUGAGGAUGAGAAAUGCGUUGUGUGCACUCAAACAGUGUACCCGAGCGAGCGGCUGUCUGUGGAGGGCAAGAUCUUCCACAAGCCCUGCUUCAAGUGUGCCGAGUGCAAGUCCACCCUGAGGGCCGGCAGCUACGCCGCCAUCGAGGGCGUCUACUACUGCAAGCCCCACUACGCCCAGGCACGAUGCCAAAUUCAAGCUGAAGGGGAACUACUCGGAAGGGUUUGGGCUGGAGAAGCCCACGGCCAAGUGGAGUGGCAAAGCGGACGCCUCGCCAGCGGCCGCGCCCGCACCCGGUGA